AUAUAUAUUACAAAAAUAAUAAAAAACACAGAAACAGAAGGUCAACCGGUAGCAGUAAAUCAGUAAAUAAUUAAAGACAAGGUAUGCCACCUUCAUAGGCCUGCGGCAGGAUCCAAAUGGAUUAUCCAGACCCUGAUAUGAGAUUGAGGAUAUAAGGAUGCUGUAGCUAACAGGUCCCAAGAAACCAGUUGGACUGGGGAGGCAACGCCCAAAGAUCUGAGUUCGGCAGGAUUUGAGUUCGAGACAACAUCUCCCCCUUCAAUCCCGAUUCCAAAUCCCACCCCGAUCUCGACUCGAUCCCAAACGCAAUCCCCACUUGAAUAUGGAUGCUGCUGACUUUUGGCAACAGGCUCGCGCUCCGUUCGGCUUGCAAACAGCACUGCACCAGUACAACUCCAGCCAAAGUACUUCCCACCCCCAUCAUAGCACCAUGCACUCGACCAUCAUCCUGCAGGAGGAGCACGAUCUCUUGUCGGACAUCCAUCCCCAGGACGGGACUGCUGCCGGCACCGGGCCGGACUCCGGGCCCGACCAGGAUCCGGCGAAGAAGCUCGAAGCCAGCCACCACCAUCACCACAACUUGCAACAGCACAUGCCACAGGCGGAACACCAGCAACCCUAUGGCGACCAGGACCCCGCUCCCCAACUAAGCAACCAUCACCUUCUGUUCAACGCGGCUGCCGCUGCUGCGGCGGCUGCUCACCUCAAGUCCACUGCUGCAAUGCAGAACAAUCUGGCGUCGCCGCUGCGGGAUCAGAAGCAGAGCUAUGGCUUGUGCGUGAUCAAACCGAAGCUGGAGGUCGAGUCCAAGACAGGUCGGCAGUCGUCCUUGAACGAUUGCCACCAGCCGCAGCAGCCUCAGCCGCAGCAGCAGCAGCAGCAGCAGCUGACAUAUGCCGGCGACUUCUAUGAUGAUAGAGGACCCGGGGCCACGGAAACACCGGCUAGUGUGGGCUCCACCACCGAUGCAGGGUCGCAGUCGCAGCAAAGUGUGGCAUUAACCAGCAGAGGAUGUCCACAAGCGCCGGCAGAACUAGGCAGCAAGGGUGCCCUGUCCCCAGUACCCCCCGGAGGGGACUGCGGAGCAGCCGGUGGGGACUCGGUGGGGAGACCGGGCUCAGAGUCCGGACCGACGACGAUCAUCAGCAGUAGUCACCAGCAGCAGUCGCCGCAGCACUCAAUAACGCCCUCCGGCGGCAGUUCGACGCCUGAAAUGAAAUACAAUAAGGACAAAAUGGCCAACGAUAUUCAGCUACAGCUAUCCCGGUCGAGCAGCGCUGCCGCGAUCAGUGAACGCACCCUUGAAGAAUGUUGGUCAACCCUGCAACGACUCUUCAUGCACAAAAGCGCUAUGCAACAGAUCCAACAGCAGAUACCACGCGUCGGCUUGGGUGGCGGCGGAACUGGGACAUCUAAUCUGGGUGGCAGCACGCCAGGCCUCGGGACGGACACCAAGCCGCACCAGUGUCAGCAGUGCAUGAAAAGCUUCUCCAGCAACCACCAGCUCGUCCAGCACAUUCGAGUGCAUACCGGCGAGAAGCCCUACAAGUGUUCCUACUGUGAUCGUAGAUUUAAGCAGUUGUCGCAUGUCCAGCAACACACCCGUCUGCACACAGGAGAACGACCCUACAAAUGCCAUUUGCCGGAUUGCGGGCGUGCGUUUAUCCAGCUUUCGAACCUCCAGCAACAUCUGCGCAAUCAUGAUGCUCAGGUAGAAAGGGCAAAGAAUCGUCCAUUUCACUGCAAUAUAUGUGGCAAAGGAUUCGCCACGGAGUCCAGCCUUCGCACGCAUACAUCAAAAGAGCUACAGCUGCAUCUUGGUGUCUUGCAGCAGCAUGCGGCGCUCAUUGGCGGUCCCAAUGCCACCUCCUGUCCCGUUUGCCACAAACUCUUCCUGGGCACUGAAGCCUUGGUGGAUCACAUGAAGCAUGUUCACAAGAACAAGAGCCCGACGCCCAGUGGAUCAGCCGGUAAUCAAUUCAAUGAUAUCAAUCAGGCGGCAACGACAGGAAGUGGGAAUGGAGCUGGAACCGGAACUGGCGGCGGGGAACCGCAGUGCGCAUCUUCGGAAUCAAGCUGUGUCCAAGCUACCGGCGGCUCGAACCUUAUCGAUAGCUACCUGGGCAAGCGGAGAACGGCGAACCAUCCGUGUCCAGUUUGCGGCAAGCAUUAUGUCAAUGAGGGCUCCUUAAGGAAACACUUAGCGUGUCACGCGGAGACCUCUCAGCUGGCCAACAGCCUCCGAAUGUGGCCCUGCAGCGUCUGUCAAGCAGUCUUCACCCAUGAAAAUGGUCUUCUAACUCACAUGGAAUCGAUGCGUAUGGAUCCAAAGCACCAGUUUGCGGCCCAAUAUGUGUUGUCUCGAGCGGCGGCUGAACAGCGCGAGCGUGACUCCAUCUUAGCGGUAACCCUAGCGGCCAGCAGCAGCUCCGGCGGAACUGCCUCCAGAUUGGGAGUAGACCCACCCCAAAAUCUAUUGCCCAUAGUUGGCAGUGCUUCCCGGCACUCAGAUGACUCCAAUUCAAAGUGCCCAUCCCCAUCGGCCAAUUCCGAAUGCUCCUCCACAGGACGCCUCUCAUCCUCCACAACCUCUGAUCAAGAUCAGGAUCAUGACCAGAGUGAGAACGAGAAUUGUCUGAACAAUAAUAACUCCAACGCAAAUCUAAAUAAAAUUACUGAGCUGCGACGCUUGCCCAGUGCCAAUCCUGGUCAGUAUGGACAUAUCGACUCUAUGGACACUGAACUGCAUGUAGCCAAUAGGAUGUCCCUAAUGGCGGCAGCGGCAGCCGCCGUGGCAGCUUCCAGACCACAGCAAGAUGGAGGAAGCGUCGACAGCGCCGCUGUGGUGCCCAGUGCAGCUGUCCAGGCGGCCGUGGUCAACCUGGCGGCGGCCAUGCGAAUGAAUACAUCCAGCAAUGGCUCGACGGGAGGGUAUCAACAGCAACACUGUGGUGAUCACCUUUCCCAGGCACACCACCCACACCCGCAUUCACACCAUACAAACCCACACACCCAGCCCCCGCAUCACCAUCAGCAGCAACAGCAACAACAACAGCAGCAUCCAGUUCCACAACAGCCACAUUUGUCCCAUCUGCUGGGGCAUCCGCAUCCUUGCAACACCAACUCAGCCCGCUCCCAACGAUCGCCAAAUAUAACUGUGCCAAGUCUGCAAAGCGAAUCCUCGCCUGCUGCCAUGAACGUUCAUAUGAUGCGCGGUUCUCUGGAUCACCAGGAUGCCGCCUCUCACUUGGGCUCUUUGCACCCCAUAGAUGUCAUCCAUCAGCAACAUCAUCAUCAUCAGACGUCCAACUAUUCGCAGCAUGCCGUGACGCCCACCAGCAGUAGCAGUCACCCACAUCCCCAUUCCCAUCCACAUCACACCGCCUCUCACCACCUGCAUCCGGAUCCGGAGACGGCGUUGCGGAUUCAUCAGGCGGAGGCGAUCCUGCGAUCGCACACAGAGGCAGCCUUCCGGCUGGCCACCGGCGCGGCGGGAGUGAAAAGCGAGUCAGAACAUCUCAAUGGAAGCAGUAAUGUCAGCAACAGGUUCCUUACGCAUCAACCGGAUCACCACGAACUGCCCUCCAGUUCAUGAAGCUAAAUCGAUAAACACAGCGGAGAAGAAAGGCAUGGACAGAACAGAGAACAGACCAGAGAAUGGACAACAGAGAACAUAGAACAGACAAGAGAAAACAAAAAACAGAGUACACAAAACCGAGAAUAGGCAACAGAUAGAAGACAAAAAACAAAGAAUAGAAUACAGCAUGAUCGAGAACAGAAUCAAGUACAACGAUUUCGCAGUUGAAAACAUUUAGCAUUAAAUAAACUUAAAACUAAAUAAAAAUACG